CACAAAUCGGUUACCAAAUGCCUGCAUUUGAACACAAUCCACCAAUUGUCCAUCAAAUACCGAGAUUAGACCUCAACAUACCAAUGGUCCAUCACAGAUUUGACCACAAUCUACCAAUGGUCCAUCACAGAUUUGACCACAAUCUACCAAUGGUCCAUCACAGAUUUGACCACAAUCCACCCAUGCUCCAUCAAAUACCGAGAUUUAACCAUAAUUCACCAAACAAUCCACCAAUGGUCCACCAUAGAUUUAAUCAUAAUCUACCAAUGGUCCGUAAUAGAUUUGACUACAAUUCAUCAAUGGUCCAUAACAGAUUUUAUCAUGAUCCACCAAUGUUUUACAACAGAUUUGACCGAAAUCAAUCAAUGGUCCCCCACAUGCCUAGAUUUGAUCACAGUCCACAAAUGGUCCAUUACAGAUUUGACCACAAUCCAACAACGGUCCAUCACAGAUUUGACCACAAUCCAACAACGGUCCAUCACAGAUUUGACCACAAUCCAACAACGGUCCAUCACAGAUUUGACCACAAUCCAACAACGGUCCAUCACAGAUUUGACCAUAAUCCACAAAUAGUCCCCCAUAUGUCUAGAUUUGAAGACAAUCCACAAUUUUUUCCCGAAAUGCCAAGAUUUGACCACUAUCCAACAACGUUCCGAGACAUGCCUAGAUUUGAUCAUAGUCCACAAAUGAGCCGGGAUAUGUCUAGUUUUGACCACAAUCCACAAACGGUCGACGAAAUACCGAGAUAUGACCAUAAUCCACCAACAAUCCAUAACAGAUUUGACCAAAAUCCAUCAAUGGUCCAUCCAACAUCUAGAUAUGAUAGUCCAUCAAUGUUCGACAACAGAUAUGACGAGAAUGUACAAGACGACUAUCACACGUCAACAAGAACUUGGAUGCUUCAAAUGCACGGAUGUUUUGAUUUGGAUGACGAAUAAAUACAUACAAAAUAAAUAUAUUUAAAUUAUUUGAUGUUUUAUUGUAGAAUUAUUGAAAAAAAAAAGAAAAAUUACCGUUAUAGCGAUAUCGUAGACAUUAAGUCGUUGUAACAGAUAUGUUGUAUUAAACGGUUUUCAUUAUAUUAUAGUUUUCUAUUUAGAAAUGGAAACUGAUAUUUGUCAUUAGUGCGUAGUCAAUUUAUUGAUGUGUUUUAAUUGAAUUUAAUGUAAUUCAAAAUGUGUUAAAUGUAAAAAGAUUUUUUACAUUUUCAAACUAAAUCUGAAAUGUAAAAUUACAACUUUGGUUUGUAAAAUUACAACUGUGACUUGUAAAACUUGCUUUGGAUAUGAUAACUAAUAAAGAUAACGUAUAAGUUUGUGUCUUGGUCCAUCAAAAUCAUCUAAAAGGUAAUAUUAGCUUAAGUUUUCAUUCACCAAACAUAUACAAAAACAUGUCUUCAAACAGAAUUAUGUUCGUGAAUAAUUCAAACUUUGGUUGAAAACAUCCAUCUCUUUCACACAUAUAGGUGUCCUCUAUAUCUGUCUCGCUCACAUCAAAACGUGUUUAAAAAAAAUUAUUGAUGU